AUGGGAGAGGCACCGAAGCAUUGGCUCGAUGAGCGAUGCAUCGACGAGUAUCGACCGCUGCGUGUCAUUGUCAUUGGAGCGGGCAUCUCGGGCAUUCUGGCAUCCAUCCGCCUGCCACAGAAGAUCGCCAAUCUUUCAUUGCAGGUCUACGAGAAGAACGCCGAUGUUGGGGGGACAUGGUUUGAGAACCGCUACCCGGGCUGUGCUUGCGACAUCCCCGCCCAUACGUACCAGGCCACAUUCGAACCGAAUCAUGAAUGGUCUCAGUUCUAUGCCAGUUCUCAGGAGAUCCAUCGCUAUUGGAAAAAGGUGGUGGCAAAAUACGACUGUGGGAAGUACAUCAAGCUGAGACACGAGGUCAAUGGAGCGACUUGGGAUGACCGAACUGGCAAAUGGCGAGUAUCGAUCCGAAACCUCGUCGAUCACACCGUCGUCGAAGAUUCUUGCGAUGUUCUGAUCUCCGGCACUGGCGCGCUCAAUUACUGGAAGUGGCCUGAUAUCCCUGGGCUGCAUGAUUUUGGCGGCAAGUUGCUCCACAGUGCGGAUUGGGACGAGGAAUUUGAUUGGACAGGGAAGAGACUCGCAGUCAUUGGCAAUGGCUCCAGCGGCAUUCAGAUCGUUCCGGCUAUGCUCGAGAAAUCUGUACAUAUCGACCACUACGUUCGCGGGAGGACGUGGCUGGCCCCAACAUUCGCCCGAGAAAAGGUCGAUCAGAUGGGCAAAGGGCUGGACAACUUCUCCUUCACCCAGGAGGACAUUGCUCGAUUCAAGGACGAUCCCGCCUUUUACGAACGGUUCCGUAAAGACAUUGAACUUGAACUUCAGUCUGUCCACUCAGUGACGAUCAAAGGAUCCCCCGAACAACUAGGAGCCGUGGAGUUGUUCACAGAAAACAUGAAGAGACGACUUGCCGGCAAGCCAGAGCUUCUUGAAACCCUCUUGCCCUCGUUUCCUCCCGUGUGUCGCAGGUUGACACCGGGUCCAGGUUAUUUGGAGGCACUCGCGAGUCCCAAGGUCGAUGUCAUCACUACGGGAAUUAAGCAGGUGGUGGAGGAUGGGAUUGUCACCGCCGACGGCCAACAUCACCCUGUGGAUGCCAUCAUAUGCGCCACUGGGUUUGACACCACGUUCAGCCCUCGGUUCCCUAUUCUCGGGAAAAAUGGGCUCAGCCUGUCCGAGAAAUGGAGGGGAGUACCGUCGACGUAUCUCUCGCUCGCGACGGAUGAUUUUCCCAACUACUUCAUUUCUCUAGGUCCGAACUCGGCGCUGGGGACAGGCAAUCUCUUGUUGCUGAUCGAGAAAGUCAUCGACUAUAUCGUUUUGUGUCUCCAAAAGAUGCAGCGGGACAACAUCAAGAGCAUGAGCCCUCGGUCGAGUGCUGUCGAAGGGUUUGUCCAGUAUUGCGACUUGUACUUCCAGACGACGGUGUUCAGUCUCGACUGCCGCAGCUGGUACAAGGGUGGGACCUCGGAUGGGAGAGUGAGCGCACUCUGGCCAGGCUCGUCUCUGCAUGCUAUGCAAGCCCUGGCGCAUCCUCGGUGGGAAGAUUUUCUGUACGACUAUGAGAAUGAGAAUGCAUGUGGAUGGAUCGGCAACGGCUGGACGGUCAAGGAGAAGACCAAACAGGUUAACGUGGACUACCUCAAUUAUGAUCAGAUCGACUUUCCUCCGUUGCCACUUGUAGGAGAGGCCGGGGAGAACAGAGCGCUGGGGUAG